GGCGAAUAGCCUUUGCAUUAGUUGCAACUGCAUCUCGCAGAGUGCACCGCCGCACGCAGCCUUAUUUCUUUCAUUGUUGCCGCCGCCGCAUUGUUGGGCCCGCACCAUUGUUGUUAUUUUGUUUUGUUUCGCGUCUGCAAAUGUGUGACUGACUCUCGCCGCCGUCCAGGACUGUGCGUGCGGACGCUGCUUUUUCGCGCGCCGCUAGAGACUUUCUUUCUUCCUCUGUGCUCCAUGCCCAGCCUCCCACGCCAGCUGCUGGUUGCAGCUUCAACUCCUGUCUGAGGGCUCGGUCUUUGCAACCACAAGUCAGCGAGAAGAAGAGGCCGACGUCGGAUUUUGAGCCGAUACCAAAGAUCCAUCACUCCGAUCUCACUCAGGAAGAUGUGCUAUUGCUGCUGCUGCUGCGCUGCUACUGGAAAGUGACUUUCGCUAAAUAGUGAAUUAGUUGCGUCGCCGUCGUUUUUCGUUCAACUUCUUUUUUGUUGCGUUGUUACGAGUUUAUUUCGCUGUUAUCCACUGUCUGCGGACGCACGCACACACACAAAGUUCCUGCCAAUUUCCCUCCGGCGCCGGUUCAACCAAAAACUGAACACAUGACCGAAGUAUCUAACCGGAUCUUCAAGAUGAAUCCAGACUUUUGGCAAGCCAGGUCACCAGCACCAGACCCAAAGGUCACCGAGAAGAUAGUCAACGAACUGCAGCUCGCAACCAGGCCCAACAACCAACUAUCAGAACGUACCUUAGAGGAAUGCUGGACUACCCUUCAACGUGUGAGUUGGCAUCUAUUCCGUUGUAUCUUCAUGCACAAGUCGGCGAUGCAGAUGCACGCGAGGGAGGCCGUGCAGGCGGCCGGGGGCGGCGCGGGGCCCCUGAUGCCCGUCACGCGGCCCGAGGUCAAGCCGCACCAGUGUCAACAGUGCCUCAAGUCGUUCAGCUCCAACCACCAGCUGGUGCAGCACAUCAGGGUUCACACCGGCGAAAAGCCCUACAAGUGCAGCUACUGCGACCGACGCUUCAAGCAGCUCUCGCACGUCCAGCAGCACACCAGACUGCACACCGGCGAGCGUCCGUACAAAUGCCACUUGCCCGACUGCGGCCGCGCGUUCAUCCAGCUGUCGAAUCUGCAGCAGCACCUCCGCAAUCACGACGCCCAGGUGGAGCGCGCCAAGAACAGACCGUUCCACUGCAACAUCUGCGGCAAAGGGUUCGCCACCGAGUCCAGUCUGCGAACCCACACGUCAAAGUAUUUCGGAAGAAUGACUCAUGAGGAGCUUCAGCUGCGUGAUCCUGUAUUGCAGCAGCACGCGGCCCUGCUCGGCGGACCCAACGCUACCAGCUGCCCCGUGUGCCACAAGGUGUUCCUCGGCGCUGAAGCCCUCAUGGAGCACAUGAAGACUACCCACAAGGACCCCAACGCCUCCGGAAUUGCAAUUCCCCCUGUUCCAUCCGUUCCCCCCGUGGACACGUACUUAGCCAAGAGGCGGACGGCCAACCACCCAUGUCCCGUGUGCGGAAAGCACUACGUCAACGAGGGCAGCCUGCGCAAGCACCUCGCCUGCCACCCUGAGACGGCCCAGCUGUCCACCUCGCUCCGCAUGUGGCCCUGCAGCGUCUGCCAGGCUGUCUUCACCCAUGAGUCAGGCCUGCUGAGCCACAUGGAGCACAUGCGGAUGGACCCGAAGCACCAGUUCGCCGCGCAGUACGUGCUGAGCCGCGCGGCGGCGGAGCGGCGCGAGCGUGAAACGCUGCUUGUGGCGGCGGCCGCGACGCUGGCCGCCUCGACCAACCAGGCCCUGAACCAGGCAAACGCGGCGGCCGGGCCUUCAAUGGGCUGCGCCAGCCCGUCGGCCAACUCGGAGAGCAGCUCAGGCCGCAUGAGCUCGCCGCUUAACAUGCAAAUGCAACCCUCCGACAUUUGCAAGAUGGAGCGGCCCGCCUCAGCAUCCGACCUGACUGCAGCUGCCGUAAGCGCCGUCGUCAACAACAAUAACAACAACAACCUGAGCAACAACAACACGAGCCAGCAGCAGCAGCAGCAACAACAACAACAACAACAGCAACAGCAGCAACAACAACAGCAGCAGAACAACGGCGUCGGCAGCGUUAAUUCUGACGUCAUCAUGCGAUAUGAGGAAGCCAUCAAACGAGCGAGACUGAGCCCAGAAAUUGAUUCUACGGAUUUAUUGCUUGGAAAUAGAGCUUGGAACGAGAAAUUAACCGCUAAAAUAAACGCGGUGACGCCGAGCAACAUGAGCAUGAACAACCACCUGGGCCACCUUGGGCACCACCUGGGUCAGCUGGCGGCGGCGAACCAUCACGGGGCCGACUGCGGGCAACAGUUGGUCAGCCCGACGUCGGUGGCGGCGGUGACGGCGAUCGCGGCCGCGGCGGCCAGUCGAAUGGCCGGUCCGCAGACGGCCGACCAGGCGAACCAGGCGGCGGCGGCUGUGGCGGCAGCGAUGCGCAUGUCGGCGGCCAACGGUGGCUCGGACAUGAACGGGCUGCGGCCGAACGAGCUGAGCGCACAGCAGGAGGCGGCCAUGCGGAUGCAGGCGGAGGCGCUACUGCGGUCGCAGGCCGAGGCGGCCCUACGGAUGGCCGUGAGCCAGGCGGCCGCCGCGCAGAACGAGAGCCGGCUGUCAGUGGCGACAUCUACGAUCAGCAACGUGGUCAACGGCAUGAUGAGCAACGGCGUGGUGGUAAACGGCGGCCAGCAGUCAGCCAGCAGCAUGAUGAACCAAUCGGCGGCCCACCAGGCGGCCGCCGAACUGACCGAGGCGCUGCGGCUGCAGGAGCAGCGGCUGGAGCAGGCGUUGCGGCUGCACGGCGGCGACCCACGUGCCCUCGGCUUCUCGCUGGCCCAGCAGACGAUGCAGCAGACCAUGCAACAGACCAUGCAGCAAACCAUGCAGCAGGGUAACUGAGGAAUCGACGGAGCGAUGCUCGACCUGGCACUCGCCUACAUUCUCAACAGUUCCUCCAACACGCCCAACUCUGCUGAUUAACGAGUCGGGAACUGUUUAGACUGUCGAAAUAGGCGGACACGAGUAGAGCCCCGAGGACACACCACACGGACACACGGAUGAUCCACAGCCAGGAUAUACGCAUAGGAAACUUGACAGUGUGCGGACACUUACUAUUGUAUCGUUGUUGAAAGAGAAGAAGAGAACAAGUACAUGUUUAAACCGGUAGAUUGUAAAUCUGUGGAUUGAGUGCGGUCAGGGUGCGAGCAUAGUUAUUUAAAGAAAACAAACUCUUUUCGUGUGCCCUGCGACUCUCGAAGGAGGUAGGGCGCGGGUGCGGCCGGCCUGACUCGGCGGGCGGCACCUUAAAAACCUGCAACACACUGCUGCUAUUUUAAACCGUGUGCGUGAAUUGCGAAAAUUGUUGUUGAACACAGAUGAAAAUUAUUUAAUAAGCAGCGCCGUGUGCAUAUUUUGAGGUUAGCAUUCACAUGUAGCGUGAUAUAUAUGGGGAUGAGCGAAUGAGGUGAACGCGAGUGCGAGAUGUCGUUGACUUAUAUAGAGAUCAGAUCCUUCUAUUGCAAACUGUAUGAGAGACGAGAGAUGCUUAUAUUUUAAUUCUUAUUUCAAAUGCUUUUACGUUGUUAUAUUGUUUAUUUGAGACAAACACUCAACUCACGCGGCGGACACGAUUAUGACGCGCGAUGAUUGAUUUAAUUUAAAAAAAGAACUACAUACUGAGAAUACCAAGGACAAAAAGGUGAAUACUAAUAAUUCUCUCUGUGAUUGUUUAAGUUUCCUUUGAGAAAGAAGAUAAUAACUAAAUAUUUGAAGUAGUAGAUUUUACGGAUGAAAAUUAGUCUGACAAAUAGAGGUAUAAAGCGCGCCAGAUGACUUCUAUAUUUUAACUAACAUAAUAACACAAAAUGGCGAACAGAUUUUUAUAAUUUUUACUGACGAAAAAUGAAACAAAUGAGCAGUUGAAGGAUAAACCACACACACACAACACACACAACAAUAUAUAGGGACGAGUAUGUAAGGGAAAUAUUUUUUGAAACUCACACACGCGACAAAAUACAAAAACGAAACUCUUUUCCGAAGCUCUUGCCACCACCACUCACCAAAGACACGUUCGGCCGUAGAUUCCUUUUCGACGAAAUUCGCACCGAAAAUUAACGCAUUUGCUGAAAGGAAUCCGAAAACGCGACGUGGGUCUGAAACGGACAGAAAAGCCAGAUUUCCACCCAGAACGAGAGUAUAAUAAUCCAACAAACAACACACACAAGAAAAAAAAACUCGCUCGAACGGUUCGAUAUUUUCGUUUUCCACUUUCGUUACAGACGUUCUGAUGUCUCUUGAUUUCUCUGAUGUACAGCAGUAAAUACACACUACACAAAUGCAAUAGUAAAACUGACACACUUGAAAAAAGAUGACACACACACUCAAACUAGAUUACAAUAGUACACACAAACACACAACACACACGCGUCUCGCCGAACGACCGAAACUACUCUGCAAAGCAGCAGGAAUUACAUCACAAAAGGCGUUGGGCGAACUGAGUAGUUCCGGGCCGGUUCGGCGGGCCGCGGCCCACCAACCGGAGAGACGUCCUCCUCCGCGAACGAGAGGGGACGUCCGCGCAAUCAGUACACAUACACAAAAAUGUAAAAAAAAAUGAAGAAAAAAAUAUACGCAGACUUUAAUUCUGUUAGGCUCGGCAGGAGCCGCCAAUUAACCAAAAGUGGCGACCGAUAGGCGCCACAUCACUGAGCAAGAGACAGACCCACCAGAGUUCAAGUGUUACGCAAAAGCACACUAACCAACCAACCAACUCACAAACAGAGAAAAACGCACUGCUGCAGUAACGUGAUUAAUUAAGUCGAUCUCUACAAAAGACUUAUAUCCAAACACUGAAAAACUGCGACACACACAUGAUAAUGAAUAAUGUGUAGUAUUCCACAAAAAAAAAAAAAAAAAGGGGUAAAUAAAUUGAUCCGGUUUUAGCCCGUGAGUGGGCGAACCUUCGAGUACUAACAAGGAAAACCGGCAGUUGAUUUACGCAGAAACACACUCCACACCCACACACACUCACACACACUCGUAACAGCAGUUUUCGUUACAGUACCAAGUAUGCCGACGAGGGGGGUCGCCCCGCGGGGCCUGCCCCCCCACACACAUCAAACCAAGUAUUAGCCAGGCGUAAGGUUAAUUCGCCGAAGGUCGGAGCCGGCGGAGAGUCUUACCAGGCGCUAAUACCCGUGCACAAGCCAAGUGGAGCCCCGACCCGAGCACCACACGGCCCCCCGCGCCACAGCGGAGCUAGGUGGCCCGACCGGUGCUCGAGUGAGGCGCCAAUUCAAUCGUUUUAGUUUUUCUACACUCUAAUUUCUCUUUAAAGUAACCGCGACUAACUAACUAACCACACGCAGUUUUCUUUCUUAGUACUUUUUCGCUUAAGGUGCAUUUCUUUUCUCAUUUUAGUUUCCUGGUUUUGAUUAUUUAUGUGUGCGUUUGAUUGAUUCAUUUACGAUAUAAAAUGCAGGUUUCGUUUGUAAGUUUUAACACACGUCAUCCAUUGAUUUUAUAUUAUUACGCAUUAUUAUGAUUAUUAUAUAUACCGAUAUAAGAUGUUUAUGAAUAUAUUUAAUUAUUAUUAUUAUCUACACACGCCGGUUUAAGUUUUCGCAGAUAAUGUUAAACGUACAUACACACGCAGCGUUAAGUUUGGACGGUGUUCGUUCGUUCGUUCGUUCGUUUAAUCGAUUUCAAUACGCAGCCAUUAAGUUUGAGCGCGAUGAUUAAUUAUUACACAGCAGACACACAUGUACUACUUAUUAUUACAUAACGCUACGAUACAGUAAUAACAAUAAUACACAUUAUUAUGGAAUUCAUGUUAAUAAUAUCACGCAACACUAUGUACACACACUCUUAAGGCAGUAAAAACAAAGAAACACUUCCGGGACGCGAAGCAGGCAAAAUUUUAACACAAACUCACUUCACAAACACACACAACCGAACCGAGAAAAGGGAUCCGUAUCGAUUAAUUACACGCUAAAAUACAUUUACAUUCUAUAUUUAAAAAUAGUACAACGCUCUCCUCUUUAAACAAAACACUCUCUUUCUCUUUUUCCGCAAAAAAAUAAAUCGACAGCAGGAAAACCGGUUUCAUUCACUUCUAAUUAUCGCAUACGCAAUAGGAAUCAAAGAAUAGAGAUUGAGAAUAAGUACCGUGUAUCGAUUAAGCAAGCUGUAUUCCAUUGAGAAUUUAUCGUUUUCCGCUCUCCUCACAUCACACACUCAAGCCGAGUAUUAUUUCCGAAAAUAAAAAUAAAAAUAUAUAGCUUUUGGGGAAUAAUAAUUGUUGUCGAUGCCGAGUUAUUGUCGUUUCCUCCACUCUCAAUUUGAACUUGUAAGUACAAUAUUGUGCUGAGAAAUAUGGGUUGCAGACAUAUUUGUUACAGUUAAUUCAGCUCUCAAUCAAUCCUAAUAAGUGUACGUGUUGAAUAAUACCGCUGGUUUUCUGCACCCAGCCGCCAAAAAGCGCUCCAAAAUAUCUGAAGCUUUUUUUACUGAUAAGAAAACAGAACCGCAAAUACAAACCUGCGCGAUGAAAUUGGAGUAUUCGAUUAGAACGGCGGCUUCUUUCGCGGCUUCGUGCAGAAAAGCAGGCAUCUUGAAAAUUGGGAUUGUGCCAUUUUCCAAUUUGAACCACGCAAUAGAAUGUUACGAUACAGACUAAGAAGUAAUGAUUUGAACAGUUAUUGUGCCCAGUCUGAUUUUCCCAGUGUUUCUCUCCGAUGCAUCUUCCAAUGAUUGUUUCAAUGUUGUCGACUUAGCCCACAAAAUGAUUGUUUUUUCUGCUCAAAUCCACAUCACAGAGACAGUGAAGAAAGAACCUUUAAUUGCUCAUUGUGAACGCACGCGUUAUUUUAAGGACAUGAUUGUAAUUAACAAUGUCUCACCACAGAGGUUGAGAAAUUAAUUAGAACUUACGGCCUCGCAAUGUGAAAACCGUUUCUUUUCCAACUGAGAAAAAAUUUCUUCUUUCGCGAAAUCCGCUGGAAAUACACAAUUGUCAAGCCACCUUCGGCAGUUCCUAAC